CGUGCCCGGACACCGACCCCAAGACUUUCACCUCUCUCUCUCCUUCUCUUAACCCUUUCAAGCUCCCCCUAUAAAUAUACCCCGCCGAUCUUCGCCGGUCUCCAGGUAGAAAGAGAGAUCCCACACCACAACGAUCGCCGGAACCCUAGCCCCUGAUGGCGCCGGCGGCCGAUGUAACAGAGCUUCGGUCGGUGGAUCCCUACGUCUGGAAGGCCUGCGCAGGCACUGCUGCUAAGAUCCCCGCCGUCGGGUCGCGUGUUUACUACUUCCCCCAGGGUCAUGCCGAGCAGUCCUCCUGCCAGCCGGACUUCUCCGCUGUCCGAUGCUGCCGCUCCUUCGUCCUCUGCACGGUCUCCGCCGUCCGCUUCCUCGCCAGCCCCGACAGUGACGAGGUCUUCGCGCAGAUCGCCCUCGACCCCCGCUUCCCGCCACCGCCUCUGGUACCAGUCCCGGCCGACACUCCCGACGGCGUUGGAGGCAAUGGUGGGGGCGGGGGAGUGGUGUCAUUCGCGAAGAUCCUGACGCCAAGUGAUGCAAACAACGGCGGGGGGUUCUCGGUGCCGAGGUUCUGCGCGGACUCGAUUUUUCCAGGACUGGACUUCAAGGCGGAGCCGCCUGUCCAGACCAUCUCGGUCCGGGAUGUGCACGGUACCCGGUGGGAGUUCCGGCACAUCUACCGCGGCACACCGCGCAGGCACCUGCUGACCACCGGAUGGAGCAAGUUUGUCAACUGCAAGAAGCUCGUCGCCGGAGAUUCUGUCGUCUUUAUGAAGAACGAUGCCGGGGAGCUCUUCGUUGGUGUCCGCCGGACCGGCCGCUCCUGCGGCUCCGUGGACUAUCUGCCCUACAGCACCCCCGCAGGAGCGGGGGUUAAACUGGAAGAGAACCUCGGUAGCGGCGAGGGGUUCUCGAGGAAUGUCAGGGGCCGGGUUCCGGCUUCGUCAGUGGUGGAGGCGGUCAAAUUGGCGGAGAUGAACCACCCAUUUGAGGUGCUUUACUACCCAAGGGCCGGUUCGCCGGACUUUGUGGUGGCCGAGGAGGUUGUGGAGUCGGCGAUGAGGAUGUACUGGUCUGCCGGUGUGAGGGUUAAGAUGUCGAUGGAGACGGAGGACCUGUUAAGGAUGACCUGGUUUCAGGGGACGGUGUCCUCGGCUGCUGUCAGCGAUGUGGGCCCGUGGCCUGGUUCACCAUGGCGUAUGCUUCAGGUUACCUGGGAUGAACCAGAGGUUUUGCAGAAUGUCAGAAGUGUAAGUCCAUGGCAGGUGGAGUUAGUUUCUGCUACCCCUCAGCUACAAACUCCAUGUCCUGUUAUGAAGAAACUAAGGGGGGCACAAAGUCAAGACAUUUUUGGUGAUGAAGAGGGCAACGUGCUCUUUCCAUUGACAGAUUUGAAAAGUAAAUCCAUGGGGAAUCUAUCCCCAUUGAUCAAUUACCAUACAUUUCCUGCUGGCAUGCAGGGAGCCAGGCAUGAUCUGAUCUGUUUCCCCACUUUAUCCAAUUUUGUACCCUUGAGUGCUCAUCAAAUGCUCUCUGAUAAUCUAAAUGGCAUUAACAUGCCAGAGAAGUCAAAUAAUGUAUCCAAUAAUUUGAAUGUUGGAAGUAAAGAAGGCUCAUCGACAUUCAGCCAUAGGAGUAUCGUGGACUGCGGCACAGAUCUUCUGAAUACUGUGGCUUGCAAUCCAACUAGGAAAACUAGUGGAGGAUCUUUUCAAUUGUUUGGUCAGAUUAUCCAGAUAGAGCAGCCUGUUGAUGUUGAUGCAGAUAAAAAGUACAGAGAGACCACACAUGGAGUCCUACCACAUGACUUUUCCAUCUCCAACCAACGUAAGCAGUUGAUUUAUGGUCUUGAUGUGCAAUGUCAAAGAGUUUCUGCUUUGGAAGCCUGUUUUCUGUAAAAGAAUUGAUGUUUGCAUCAGCGACAUGCAGUCUGUACAGGUGUUUGAGGUCAGGCGGGCUGCAAAAUUUUCACAAACUUUUAUCGAUCUUAUAUUGAUGGAUGUACUUGAGAGCUGUAUAGAUAAAACUAUGCUUUAUUGUUAAGAUUAACAUGGGGACUUUAAUGUUUGGAGGAGGUGGUAAUUUUUUGGUACUAAAUUUGAUAGUUUUAACAUGGGUGAUCUCAUCUAGAUCUGCAUCUAAUGAUAAAUAAUGAAAUCUCUUAAGCCAUAUUUUCAAUCACAAAAAUUCCCAUUCCAUAAUUAUAGCAAGUCAUACGGUUUGUUGUUCUGGUGGUUAAAUGCAAGCAACAUUAUAGCUAAAUUCAAGCACACAAGCUGAAAACCAGAAUGAUGAUACAAAAUCAAUGCUGAUUUUGUUAUCUGCAUUAGAAUGUCUUCAAGUCUAGUGUUCAAUUUUAUGCUCCAUACUCCAUGCUUCAUUUCUCGAAAGGGUUGAUGCUGCAAAUUGGACCAAGUUCUGUCUUUUUAUUUAUGGUGAGGAUUUGCAUUUUAUAAGGUAAGACGAGUGUUUGGUUACACAGCAAAAUGUGAGUGACAGGAAAACUACUGGUGCAUAAUGGAUUAUAAACAAAUUAGUGUCCAAGCAGUUCACUACAAAAAGUUUAUCAUUUCAUUUGCCCAACGAAUGGAUUCAACAGCAGAAAAACUUUUGUAUAAUCCCUAGUGCUUGGUUUUGAAAUUGCAAAAUCAUGUAGCUCUAGGAGAGGGAAAAAAGAAGCAAAUAGUGGUCUGAUAUUGAAUCAGAAAGAUUUGUUAUUUAUAUUUAUCCACUGAAUACCUUAUGAUGUCUCUUAUUCUGAAUUCAUUUUCGUGGAUUACAGGUAAUAACCAUUUGAUAUUCAGAAGGUUUUCUCAUCUGUUGUGGAAAUAAUAUAAUUAUUGGUUGUUGUAGGUAUGCUAAGUACAAUACCAAUCUUGUACUUUAUCAUGAGGUCAGUUUAUAGACAAUCACAUGCUUAACGUAUGUCAAUUAUUGUGGUGGAGAAAAGUUGAUAUAAAAAUAUAGAAGCCUUUGGGAAAAUAAUGAUCAAUUGGAGUUCUAAUGUCUUCCACAUGUGCUAUGAAUUAAAUGGAAAUGGGAUUCAUGAAACAAAAUUUUGAAUUAGAAGCAGCUACAAUCCAAACAACAUUUGGUGAUUUUGGAACUACAACUCAAUGCAUCUAAGAACACGAACAUGCUUUGAAGAAUUUAAGUGCAUGUGCUAAAGUUGCAAGGGCAAAAUGGGCCCUACCAAAUUUUGUAGCUUUUUUUUUUCUCUUUUUAUUCCAUUUUCAAAUAAGGGAGGCUUGAAUUCAUUUUCAAGAAUUCUGGUGGAAAUAAAUUGGAUGCUUUUUCUAAGUCAACAUCAGGAAGCAAUGUUUUAUGUUAUUUAGCAUUUUUGUUUCUUCGGGUUGGAAAAAAGAAUGUGCAUGGAGUUUAAAAAGCAUAUCUUCUGUUUAUCGGGAUGUGGUAUGCUUGUUUACAUCCUAAAUGAUAUGAUGUUGUU